UAAUGUGGCUAUUGAUUACGCCACUGAAUGUCAAUGUUAAUCCAACGUGGUUUACUAGGGGGACAGUGGUGGUGAAAGGCCAUGUUAGCGAUGGCGCAUCCUCGCAGUCGCCAGUGACCACUCGCCAUUCGACCACCGACCACCAAAUGUGUCCUACGCCACCGUCAUUAUGCCAUGGCCGGCAUAGAACUAAUCAUAUCGUCGAUAUGUAACGCCACCUUCUGCGAAGUACCUUACAAUGAAACUUAUCAAGCGCCGGACUCACUGGCGGAGAAGGACAUCAAUUUCAUGAGUUUAAUGAAAGAAGUCAAUGGAAAAAAUAUCAAAGUUACGACAUAUAACAACACACCUCUGAGUUCGACAGAACUCGAAAAUGGCACGGUGGUCGGCAAAGGCGUGGCUUUCACCAUCCUGAAUAUUUUGCGGAAAAAGUUCAACUUUACUUAUGAAGUGGUACUACCAACUAAGAACUUCGAAUUGGGAGCUAAAAUCAGUGAUGACUCUAUUAUAGGACUUCUGAACAGCAGCAAAGUGGACAUGGCUGUGGCAUUUAUACCAACAUUGCUACCAUACCGGGAGUGGGUGUCGUUCUCAAUAGACCUUGACGAGGGAGUGUGGGUUAUGAUGCUGAAGAGACCUAAAGAAUCCGCCGCCGGCUCCGGUCUACUCGCACCAUUUAACGAUCUUGUAUGGUACCUAGUCCUGGCCGCUGUUCUAACUUUCGGACCCUGCAUCACGUUCUUCACCCGAGUACGGAGCAAGUUGAUUACAGACGACGAAGGCGUUCUGCCCUUAAAACCAAGCUUUUGGUUCGUGUAUAGCGCCUUUCUCAAACAGGGAACGAAUCUGUCACCCGAAGCCAAUACAACACGUGUCCUCUUCGUGACUUGGUGGUUGUUCAUGAUUCUACUGUCAGCUUUUUACACGGCAAAUUUGACGGCUUUCCUGACUCUAUCCAAGUUUACUCUCGCCAUAGAAACUCCAAAGGACUUGUAUCAGAAGAACAAUCGUUGGGUCGCUUCAGCUGGCAGCUCGGUUGAACAUGUUGUCAAAACUGAAGGCGAAGACCUAUAUUUCUUGAACGCAAUGAUCAGCAGCGGUAAAGCUCGAUUUCUAUCCGUGGCUGGUGACAAGGACUUCUUGGACUUCGUGAAGAAAGGAGCAGUACUAGUCAAGGAACAAACGGUAGUAGACCACUUGAUGUACAACGAUUAUAUUUCGAAGAAAGACGUGGAAGAGUCCGAGAAAUGCACCUACGUCGUGGCCCCUAGUGCGUUUAUGAAGAAACAGAGGGCGUUCGCGUACCCGGUCGGCAGUAAGCUGAAGGGUUUAUUCGAUCCUGUACUAACCCAGAUAUUCCAAGCUGGUAUCCUCGACUUCCUGAAGCGCAGUGACCUGCCGAGCACGAAGAUAUGUCCUCUGGACUUGCAGUCCAAAGACCGUAAGCUCCGGAACAGUGAUCUUAUAAUGACGUAUAUGGUGAUGGUCGCUGGAUCCGCUACCGCCGUCGCUGUGUUCGGCGCCGAGAUGUUCAUAAAACGCUACGUCUCCGGGAAACUGAAUAAGAACAAGAAAUCGAAAAGGAAGAAGUCUAAAACGGGUAAAUCAUCAAAGAGUCAUGACGACAGUCGGCCACCUCCAUACGACUCACUGUUUGGAAAGAACCCUAAAUUCAAUGUGGAGACCACACGCAUGAAAAUGAUAAAUGGCAGAGAAUAUUAUGUGUUUGAGACGAGCAAUGGUGACAAGAAACUCAUCCCAGCUAGAGCACCAUCAUCCUUCCUUUAUAGGUCGGAUAAAUAACUACAAACAUGACAAAAUGGAUCUCAAUGAACACGUGGAAAAUACUUAGCAACAAUUAAAUAUAGUACCUAAUUAUAAUAAUCAUAAAUACGUAAUAAAUCGAUGCUAUCUGCAAAGGCAAUAAAUGUCAAAGUCCAUUUUGACUUUGUAUACAAGCUGAUUUAUAUCUAAGACAUAAAUUAAGUAGAAUAGUUUUAGUACAAACGUGUGUUAAAUAGUUACACUCUAAAGCACUUUCUAGUCACUAUUAUUACGGGGCAGAACUUUCAGAAAAUAAAGGAAUCUAAAUAAAACCUUGUUUCGAUACAUAUUUAUUAAUUGCGCAACGCAAUUCGUAAUUUAUAAUCAAAUCAAUUCAUUUCUCUACGAUUAUUAUUAAAAAAAAAGAUUUAGUCAUCUGUGGUAAAUAACCAGAGAGGUUUGUACAAAUAUAAAAUCAACAAUACAUAAUCAAUUCUUUUUGUCAAGAAAAAUAAGAUUUUUCAUAAAAUUUACAAUGAUUGAGCCGUGCACGAGACUGGCUUUAUUAGUCAUGAACAUUAACCAUAAUGUAACUUAACUCUAUGAACAUAAGAUACAAAUAAAAAAAAUAAUUCAUCUGCAACAUUUCAAUCCACAAGGGAUUAUCACAAACUUGUUUACACCAUACACAAUGAUGGGUCCACAGAUUAAAAAAAUAUUUUCUGUGAGGUAAAAAUCGGAAUUACAAGCUUAGAUUUUCCAAAGUCAUAAAUAAAGUCAUUUAACCCUCUUUUUGAAUUAUAUCACUAUAAAACAAUGUCCAAAUAGAACACAAUUAAAGGUAUUAGUAAUAUUGAUACCAUAAAAAAAAAUUAUCUAUGAAGAAAUUGUCUAAAACUGUUCUGAAAAAAAUAUCUAACAGAAAAGUACCACAGAGUUUGAAGGUACCAAAUCUAAUGAAACUUAUCGAAACAUUUGGGGCUCAUGUGCAAUAACUAAUUUCUGCUAAAUUGUGAUUAUCUAACUACGUUUAUUAUUGCAAAAGUUACCCGCAAAAUGUUCUAUGUCCACCGUCUAUGAAAUGCGAGCCAUUCUGGCCACUACUACCACAGAAUAAAAAGGCUACUACUUACAACUACAAUAUUACAUCACAUUUUUAAGUAAUAAAAAGUUUUCUAUUAUUAUUAUUAGGGUUAGAUGUUUUGUAAAUUUUUUAAAUGUAUUUUUAGCUUACUUUAUAAUGUGGGAUGAAAUUUAGUUUUAGUCUAAAAUACCUAUGAAAUUACAAUUCGAUUUCAAUGUACGUACCAGUAAUUAUCGAUAAUAUCGUGAUUACAUCCUCCAUUAUCUUUCAAAUGCCUUUCGAGGCAACGUCACUGUUUGGAGGCUUCGAUACAUACUUGAAGGGCACAAACUCUUUGUUUUAAAUUAUCAAGCAAUAAUUAACAUACUUAUCAAGUACAUAUUAUAUUAAGAUAUUACUAUUUACUGUCGAUAAGAAUGUUACCUCGUGUUGCAUCACGCACGUGGAAGAUCAGUAUCAGUUCAUUGACCUCAUUUUCCUCAAAAAUUUCCUAUAGUUCAUAACACUAUUUAUUACAAAAUUAAUGCCACCAAAACGACUAUCAUGUGAUACAAAAUAUAAUAUGCGUAUUGUACUUCAGGGAACAAUCCAAUAUUUAUUAAAAUUCGUGCAUUACUUGAAUUCUAUUGGUGCACUUGUAUUUGAAACGUAUGAUAUAAAAUUAUUAGGAUUAAAUUAUAUUUAACACCGUAGCAAUGUGACGAUAAAUUAGUAUAAUUUAACAGCAUUAUUUAUUUAAUUCGAAAUCGUCUGAGUAUUGCUACGUAUGUAAUAUAAUUUAUUUAGUAGUCUUAAAGACAUAAAUUAGAUAUUCUAAUAUAUAAAUGUUCGUAUAACUCCCAUAGCAAAGCAUUCAACAACAUAUUUUGGUAUAAAUGACCCACACCUUCAUAUUUGUUGUGAAAAUGUGAAACUAUAUUAGUUUUAUAAUUAUACCUUACAUACAUUUAUAAUCUCUAAAUUUGUCGUAACUUUUACAAAUCCGGAAAAGUCAUUUUCGACGUUUUUCAUAGUGAAUUAAAGUUCAAUAUCGCGUGGUUUUAAUCUCAAUUUUUAAUCAGUUAAUAUGCUUUUAAAUAUUAAUGAUACAUUCUGUGAUAAAUUUUUCGUUUAUUUUCAAUGUUUAAUUGGGAUUUAGGUACUCA